UAUCAACAAUUGAUCAUCAAAUUCGUCAGUUUUGUUUACUGGAUAUUCUCACUUCAUUCGUGUCUUCGGACAUCAGAGACAGCAAUAUCUGCCCACUACAGCCUCACUUUCACCCAAAGACCAGGAUCAAGUUGUCGUGCCAACUGUGUUCCACGAAGAGUCUCAUCACGCGCCUCACCGUUCAACAUCUCGUUGCCAACUACAUCAGAAAACAUGUUUCGCAUACCGGCUAGGACUCUAAGGACUUUCGGUUCAUCGCUCAAGCGAGCACCGAUCGGCGUGCGCUUCUCGUCAAUUCAGACAUCAACGUCCAGCAACGCUCGUUAUGUCUGGUCCUCCGCGGCAGUUAUUGGCACCGGCACUGGCUUUUAUCUCUUAAGCGGCAAAGGCACGGCAGAAUCUUCGACGAAUGAAGUCCCCAGUUUGAAGGAGUUCACUUCGGAGGAUCAAAUCCCGAUCAAUUCAUCUGUCAAAGAAUUGACGAUGGAGGAUGCAGAUGCCAAGCUGCGUGAAGAUGCUCACACUUUUGUCUUCGACGGGAACGGAGGUGUCAAAGGACGAGUGGACUUUGUUCGUCUCGGCAGCAAUAAUCCGAUAGAAGACGAAUGGGAUCUCAAGAUAGCCAACGGCGUCGGUGGAACGAACACUCUGUAUGCUGGAGUUUACGAUGGACAUGCAGGAUGGGCAACAUCUAAAGUGUUGAGGGCUGCUCUUGUCCCAUACGUGUCGAAUGCCUUGUCAAGCAUCACACCCACCAGCUCUAACGAGCUAGUAGACGAUGCGAUCAAGAAGGCAUUCGUUCGUCUUGACGAUCGUAUUUUCAGCAACGCACAAGAAGCGGUCGAAUCAGGCCAAGACCAAGGCUCUGCACCCGUCAUCGUCGCCGUUGCACCCGCUAUAGCUGGAUCCUGUGCCCUCCUAACAAUGUAUGAACCCAAGACCUCUACUCUACGCACCGCUGUCGCAGGCGACUCCCGUGCUGUUCGCGGCAUGUGGUCUCCCAACACAAGCAAAUACGCAGUCGAUGUUCUGAGCAAAGACCAGACUGGCUUCAACCAGGACGAGGUUGAAAGGCUCGACAAGGAGCACCCUGGAGAGAUCAAGGACAUGAUUAACCCCGCGUCCGGUCGACUCUUUGGGAUGGCAAUCACGAGAGCGUUUGGCGAUCACAGAUGGAAGUGGCCUGAAGAGCUCAUUCGCAAAGUUAAGGACGAUUUCUACGGUACUUCACCGCGACCAAGUGCCAAGACGCCGCCUUACAUGACAGCCCGUCCGGAAGUAACAACACGCAAGAUCCAGACGGAAGAUUUCGUCAUUCUCGCUUCCGACGGUCUCUGGGAUAUGAUGAGCAACGAGGACGCCGUGUCGUGCGUGUCGCGCUGGUUAGUCGCCAAGAAGAACGGCAAGCCCGAACCCUUCAAGGAGACCAAGUUUGAGAGAAGAUUGGAAGAGGGGUGGGUAGCUACACCAGAGCAUCAGGUCAUUGAGGAUCUGGACAACGCGGCUGUCUGCUUGGUCAAGAAUGCUCUUGGAGGAUCAAGACGAGGAUUGUUUCUGGGAGCAAUGACGACGUAUCCGCCCAUGAGCCGGAAUGUGAGGGAUGACAUGACCGUGCAGGUCAUCUUCUUCAAGGAUCCUUAUGAGAAGAACUAGACUGUGUGAGUGAUUGGUAGGAGUACAAAAAGAAAGGUCUCAGAGGGAGUCGAACCCUCGCUGGCGGAAUCAGAAUCCGCAGUCAUAACCGUUAGACCAUGAAACCUUAGAUCUUCGGGUAGCAGCGGCAUUGUAAGGUGCUCUCAGAUUCUGCUCUGCUCGCGAGCGACUCGAUCAAUUGUAUAAUUUUCAAG